ACCGACCCACCGUUCUUCGCCUGUAUAUAACGAGCCCAACCUGCCCUCCCGCUCUCUUCAUCCUAUCAGCCUUCUUCCUCGUUCUUCGUGUGCCAUGGAAAGCCUUGAUGCCAACCUCCCCGUGGUUACCAUUGAUGGCUUCAAGCCCUUGGACCUCGAUGAUCUUAGAGAGCAACUGCUGCUCUCCGUCGACUUCAUCGUGGACUAUUAUAAGAACGUGGACACGCAACCCGUGCUGCCGCAAGUGCAGCCCGGCUACCUCCGCCACCUCAUGCCGGCCGCCCCACCCCCCUGCGGCGCCACCCUCGAGGACGCCCUCCGCGACAUCCGCGGUGCGGUGCUUCCCGGCAUGACCAACUGGGCCAGCCCCAACUUCUUUGCUUACUUCCCGGCCACACUCGGCUCCGCGGCCCUCGUCGGGGACUUCAUCGCCUCCGCGCUCAACCCCGUCGCCUUCACCUGGCUGUCCUGUCCUGCUGCCACGGAGCUCGAGGAGCUCGUACUUGACUGGCUGGCGCAGCUGCUUCGACUGCCGCCUGCUUUUCGAUCCUCCUCGGACAGCGGCGGUGGAGGCGGCGGCGUCAUACACGCCACCACCAGCGAGGCCAUCCUUUGCACUCUCGUGGCCUCCCGCGACGGCGCGGUGCGCCGGGCCGGAGGCGUGCCGAUCAGCCGCCUCGUGGCCUACGGCUCCGACCAGACCCAUUCCACGUUCGCCAAGGCAUGCAGAAUCGCCGGGUUCGACCAGACCAACGUCCGGUUGAUCCCGACUCGACCCGGUUCGGGGUACGCGCUUGUGGCGGCCCGACUCCGCGACGCGAUGGCGGCCGACGCAGCGGCGGGUCUUGUGCCCGCCUACGUCUGCGCCACCGUGGGGACCACCUCCUCCACUGCAGUGGAUCCCUUGGGCCUCAUCGCCGAUGUGGCCGCCGAGUUCGGCGCGUGGGUGCACGUGGACGCGGCGUACGCGGGCAGCGCGUGCAUCUGCCCCGAGUUCCGGCGCUUCCUCGACGGGGUGGAGCGAGCGGACUCCCUCAGCAUCAGCCCCCACAAGUGGCUGCUCACCGGCCUCGACUGCACCUGCCUGUGGCUCAGGGACCGGCCGCGGCUGGCCGAGUCGCUGGGGACUAACCCGGAGUACCUCAAGAACGGGCCCAGCGAGUCCGGCCUGGUGGUAGACUGCAAGGACCUGCAGGUGGGGGUGGGUCGCCGGUUCCGAGCUCUCAAGCUCUGGAUGGUGCUGCGGACGUACGGCGUCGCGGGGCUGCAGGCGCACAUCCGGAGCGACGUGGAGAUGGCGCGGGCGUUCGAGGGGAUGGUGCGGGCGGACCGCCGGUUCGAGGUGGUGGCUCCGCGGAGGUUCGCGUUGGUGUGCUUCCGCAUCAGGGCUUGGGGCGGAGAGGAGGCUGCGGCGGAGGCGGACAACCGGAGGCUGCUGGCGCUGGUCAACGGCAGCGGGAGGGCGUACGUGACGCACACGGUGUUGGGCGGGAAGUACGUGCUGCGUUUCGCGGUGGGGGCGACGCUCACCGAGCAUCGCCACGUGGCGAGUGCUUGGGAGCUGAUCAGGGCGAAGGCUGACGAGGUGCUCGGAAUUAUUGCAAGUAUUAUAAUCGAAGUUGUGUGGGAAUCCAACUCAAACCAGUCGACGUCGGUCUCUCAUUUCAACGCGUAG